CAGAGGAAAUAGUAAAACCCGCUGGGAGGGAGGUGGCGGAGUCUUGUAGGGCUGGCCGGGGGUAUGGCAGACGAAGAGGAAGACCCUACUUUUGAGGAAGAAAAUGAAGAAAUUGGAGGAGGUGCAGAAGGCGGACAGGGUAAAAGGAAGAGACUUUUUUCUAAAGAAUUGCGAUGUAUGAUGUAUGGGUUUGGGGAUGACCAGAAUCCUUAUACUGAGUCAGUGGAUAUACUUGAAGACCUUGUCAUAGAGUUCAUCACUGAAAUGACUCACAAGGCAAUGUCAAUUGGAAGACAAGGUCGGGUACAAGUUGAAGAUAUCGUCUUCUUGAUUCGAAAGGACCCAAGGAAGUUUGCUAGGGUUAAAGACUUGCUUACUAUGAAUGAAGAAUUGAAACGAGCUAGAAAAGCAUUUGAUGAAGCAAACUAUGGAUCUUGACACCUGUACUUUCUGAAGCUUCAUUAUCUUCUGAGGAAACUAUAUAUAUAAUAACUGUAUAUUUUCCACAGUGAGGUUCCAGUUUCUAGCCAUGUAUAUAUGCAAGAUGGAGAAACCGAUUUUUCAGCUUUUAUUUUCAGGUCUUCGUUUUUAGAGUGAUAUUUGAGCCUUGAAUUUCCUGCCCUUAUAUGACUGUACUUGAAUUACUUACUGGGUUUUUAAUGGCCACAUGUAAGUUGAGGUACCUUGCAAACCAGGUGGUUCCUUCUGACUGACUGUUUAAAUGAUGAAGUAGUAUUUAUGUAUUGGGUGUAUUUUGUGCCAUUGUAGGCUAAACCAUAGCUGUUUAAUAUAUGAAAUCUAUAGGGCCCCUUUGACUAUGAUUGCUAAGACAUGUUUCAUGUAUUCUAAAGUUUUUAGACUACAGUGAUCUAAUUAUUAAAAGAUAGUGAACUGGUUUUUUUUUUUUUUAAGGAGAAGAUGAUACAGGAAAAUAACAGUCUUUUGUAGGAAUGUUUAUCUAACAUAUUUGUUUUUUAGUAUUCUUUACAUUACAAGAAGGUUUUUUUUUAAUUUUUUAAACUAAAAGUUUCAUGUGAAUUCUUCCGUAUUGGAAGGCUUUUGAUUUAAAACCUUUUGGGCUUAUAAUGUACUAGUUGUCAAAUUUUAAGGGAACUCAUUUUCCCAGGUCACAUUAAAGCUUCUAAAAAUAAAUGCUUUCAGUAGUAGGAAUGGUAUUGCUUAAAAAGCUGAUGGCCUGAUAAGCACUUGGGAUAGUGUUUUAUUAACCUAUUUGUUAGUACUUGUUUGUGGAAACGUGUACUCGACUAAACCAUAUAUGGCUAUGGAAACCACUUUUGUAUUUCAGGAUAUACAGGUUUUGUGUGUGUUUAGCUUAUUGUAUUAAAUUAUUACACUUAGUUUAAAAUAAAGAUUAAAACUGCAUUUAAAGGGAUUACUGAAUAUUACUCUUUGUGGAACAGUGUGCGGUGCUUAUAAACAUCUGUAAGUCAGCAUGUAGGAGAAUUUCCCUUUCUUAAUCUGUUGAUACAAGGAAUAAAGUGGAAAAUUAGAUUAAUAAUUGAA